AUAUGUUACAGAGACAUCUGUUCUCAGUUCAGUCCGCUGGAGCACCUGCAGGAGCAGCGCUGUUGACUCAGGAACAGCUGGGAGACCGGGAUAGGAUCAUAUUUCAGACGAUCCAGUCGGACUCAGCGAACCGGUUCAUCAAGUUACUAAAAUAACUUCAAAAUAUCGAUUCGUCCAGGAAGCUAUCAUCUCUAGUUGACACACACACACACGAUCGGUUACUACCACUUCUCUAUCAGAUGAUUUGAUUACACUAGAAACCUCUUACUCGAGCAGACUCUGUCAGCCUUUGCAGAAAGUUUACAUUAUUUACUUUUGCUGCACAAGUGAACGUUUAUCGUAGCUUGUAACAUAUGGCUUGUGCGCAGCGUUAUGUCAACAAAGUUGUCAUCGUUACUGGAGGCACUAGAGGCAUUGGAAGGGGCAUCGUUAAAGUGUUUGUGCAAAACGGAGCCAAAGUUGUGUUCUGCGCACAAGAGACUGAGUGGUCAGCAGGCCAGUCUCUCGAGUCUGUGCUGAACAAGGAAGGACUGGGAUCAUGCACGUUUGUGUCAUGUGAUGUGACAAAAGAGGACGACAUCAAGCGAUUAAUCAAUGUGACAGUCGAGAGGUUUGGACAAAUAGACUGUUUGGUGAACAACGCUGGCUGGCACCCCCCUCACAAGACCACAGAUGAAACCACAGCAGAAGAGUUUAGAGACCUGCUUGAUCUGAACCUCAUCAGUUACUUCCUUACUUCAAAGUAUGCACUGCCUUAUCUGCGUAAAACACAAGGAAACAUCAUCAAUUUGUCCAGCCUUGUGGCCUCAAUAGGUCAGAAAGAUGCUGCUCCUUAUGUGGCAACCAAGGGGGCGAUCACCGCCAUGACUAAAGCAAUGGCUGUGGAUGAGAGUCGCUAUCAAGUGAGAGUGAACUGCAUCUCUCCAAGCAAUAUAAUGACGCCUCUGUGGGAGGAGCUUGCCGGCCGCACAGAAGAUGCUGCUGCCACUGUUAAGGGGGGAGAAAAUGCUCAGCUGAUUGGUCGAAUGGGAACGGAGAAUGAGAGCGGAUUAGCGGCCCUCUUUUUGGCAGCUGAUGCCACUUUCUGUACUGGGAUAGAUUUGUUUCUGAGUGGAGGGGCUGAACUGAACUACGGCUUCAAAAGCCAAAUUCCAUAACCGGACAGUGAUGGAAAGGCCCAUGAAAUGAUAACAGGGCAUAAUUUUUCAUUUCAGACAGCUUGUUUCAUGCUGCUUUUCAGUGCCACUAUUUGUGUUCUCAGUGUAACUAGUUCUCAGUGUAACCAAUUUUUUUUU